AUGCGUCGUGUUCCUUCGCAGACGUCAUUCCCCAAUGUUAUUGGGGUACCGCUGAACUUUGCGCAUCAUCGAUGCCCCUCGGCUGGUGCGUUUUGCGUGCAAACUCGUCAUUCUAUUGGACCGUCCCGUGACAAACAGCGUAACCAACCGAACGCAGACCCUACAACUGGGAACCAAAUAUCGAUCGUAGAGCCACCAGAUCUAACACAACACAUUCGUUUUGGCAUGAAUAAUUUGGAACACUUGACGCUUCCAGAGGUUCCGGAAGAGCGCCGUAGUCGUACUGAUGUUGAAAAGGAUCGUGAGAUGCAAGAACGGUUCGGGAAGUACGGCCCUGGUGAGCGGCUGACAAAGAACUCACAACAAACACGGCGUGACAUGUUGCAGGAGCAGCAGGAUGUUGAUGGGCUUCCAUGGGAAGUGCGAUGGAGGAAGUCGCUCGUACCGACCUCCGAGGAAAUUAUUCAGGAUAUUAGAGAUCGCUUUGACCUCUACAUUCAGGAUCCCAUUGAGCGAGAACAAGAAUGGUACUUGCAUUGGAAGGAUCGGUCUUUUAAGAUUCAAAAGGAUCGUAUGAUUUGGCCUCAAGGAUACACAGAUUACCUUGAUCAUUACGACGAACACGGUAGAAGACGAGUUCUCCCUUCUGAUCAGCGUUGGUCUGACACAUCGUGGAAACACUUGGCUGAUACCAAGUACAAGGACCGCAUGUGGCUUAUUGAGGGAGAGGAACGGAAGGCCGUCCAUCAAAGCCUUCGUGAAGAUCGCGUACUCAUGGAAGAGGAGGAACAGCGGCAACUGGAGAUGGGAAACGUGUAUAAUGGCAUUCUCUCCGGUGUGGUUGAUCUUGAUCCCGAGCAAACGUAUCAGGCCCUCUCGGGUACCGCAGAUCCCCUCGAAGUUGCCCGAACAAAAAUGAAGAUUCAGGCAUACGGCGCCCAACAAGCGCUUCAGAGCGGUAAACCAAAAAAUUUGCAACAGAUUGAUCCCAUUUCUGGUUUUCCAAAGGCUGAUAUGGAGCCACUACCAACAGGCAUAACUGUGGAACAGGGUGCGUCCAUUGCUGCACAGGCAAACAUCCAAAAUGAGAUGCUGGAGCAAACAGCGGACAUGGCAAGACAAGGUGGAGAGGAUCCAGUUCCGGCUCUCAUGAAGGCACACCAUACCACAUCCAAACAGCAUGGUGACCGCCCUAUACUACGCUCACUAGUAGAAGGAAAAAUUAAAGAGAUCAAGCGGCUUCAGAAAUCAUAUACGGCGCCUUCGUUGGACAGCAUGGAAGAGGUAUUGGAGAAGAUUGAGAAUACCACAGUAGCACUUGAGAAUAGGCAGAAGGAGGAGGAUGAAGAACUGCUUGUUAAAGAUUCUAGUUCUAUGGGUUCAGGGCAUGUCGUGCCAAAGCAACCCCGCAGGAAUAAGGAGAAAAAUGAAGAGGAAGGUGGUGCCCCUUCGGGUUUUAUUCAAGUGAAGAAACGCCCACUUGAUAAGGAGCCAGAUGUUCCGAAAGACCUCUACCAAAUUCCACAGAGCCGUGAGAUGGAGACCAUGCCGGAGUGGUAUCGCGAAACUCUUGUCGAGACGGAGCCACUGAUUCAGUCGUACGGCUUGACACAUGAUCCAUUGGAAAUGCAAGUGAAGACAGCGAAGAUUGAGUACUACCAACCACCCCAACUGACGGAGGAGAGGCGCAUUACGAAUGAUGACGCCAUCAGUGGUGUCUCAUCCUUUGACGAGGUGAAGAUGCACAAGUUGCGGUCACUUCCAGAGUUGGUGGAGGGGUACAAACCCCUCCCUCUAUACAGAGAGAUAACAAAGGACGAUGAACAGACAAAGAGCACUACUGCAUCCAAGCAACCAGCAAAGAGGCAAAAGAAGUCUGAGCAGCUGCGCAAAGAGCGGCAAGAACGACUGCGCAAGGCAAAAAUGCAGUAUGACCCCGACAUCCUUCUCCCCUCCUUACCAUGGGAGACAGACUCCAUCACCGACCCAUACCGCGGUGUUGCGAAAGAGGACGCAGUUGACUUCAACAAGGCAGAUAUGGAAAAGACUUGGCGGGCCUACCGUGGAACAUUUCAGCAGAGCAUUACAGAAUUCGGCAAUCUCACACAAGUGACAACAGAAGACAAGUGCGAACGUAUGCUGAUGGACACAAUGGAGCGCUUCCGCCGUGGUGAAGUGGGUGAGCACCCGCAGAUACCCGAAGAGCACGAGGCCAUCUUCCGACUGAUAUUCGAGGCCCACACGAAACACUUUCUUGCCGACUUCUACAAGUUCAAGGGAAAUCGUGUGACAGAAGCAAACACGACGAAAGCAGAAGCGGAUGAAAUUUUGCGACGUGCCUCCGCUAAGUGCAAGUUGCUCGGGCCAAGCUUCAUGAAUUUCAUACAGGAAAUGACGUCUCUGGAACUCGAAUCUGUCCGCAAGAAUCCUGCCCAGCGUUACGCCAUUAUGAUUCGAGACAGGAAGUAUGAACCAUUAGGAAAACCUUUUAUGAACUGGAUCAGCAACGAACUCAGUGAAUUCAUUCUAACUGAUUUUCAAAGCGUGGAGCAGCUCGAGACGAGUCUGGAGUUCCUGAAGAAACACGUCAUUGACGCCAGGUUCAAGUGUCCGAUGCGCGUGGAGGGCGUGAGGGACUCCGCACGCGAUUCCGCUGUUGAGGCUUUCUUCCAAUGGUGUCGUGGCGCGCUCUGCUUUUACGCAGGUAAGCAGAUGCAACGGCUGUACAUUGACUUCGCUGACACACGCUUUCGUACACGGGCAGAGGAACUAUUUGAGGAUUCUAUUGAAUGGUUUUCCAAUUAUGCCAAAGCCGCAAAUGGCAUUGUGCAGAUUCCCAUCCCUGACGUUGACCCUCCAUAUGAGUACGAUGAGAAGGACUUCCUUGACGGCGAGAAUGCCAUCUACGCUGAGAUCUCCGGUCAUUUGGACAAGGCAGAGGGACUUUGGCACUCUGGAACAUCGAAACGAUGGUAUCCAGUGACAGACGAAACGGAGUAUAUGUGGUACAACGAGCGCCGUGGCCGCCUGACACUCGCGCUGGACAUUUCCGACCGAUGCCUGGAGAACGUAAAUAAGAAGACACACCCUUCCAUCCAUCCGUUCCCAGAGCGUGCUCGCCCGUUUCUGGAAGGGGCUCCGCUGACGCAAGAAACAGCAGAACAUUUAUGGCUGCGCUACAUGGGAGACUUGUACCAUGAGCACAGUGAAUUUAUGUUUCGGCAAGGACGUUUCCAGACAGGACGUUCCUACCGUGAAAAAUGCCUAAAUUUUUACCACAUGGCUGUGCGCAUAGCGCGUGAGCGACUCCCCCCGUCGUGGAAAGCCCCCUUGUUGACCGAGGCAAAGUACCUUAUGCGGGUCUACGAGCCUGGAAUAGAUCUGGAGCGGCACCUGCAGGAAGUAGAAGUAGUGGUGGACAAACUGUUCGCGGAGAAGGAACCACCGCACUGGUUGGAGCCUUUUUCCGAGCUGCCGUACCGUCUUGCAGUAGUACACGCUAACCUGCCUGCGUUUGGUGAAUACAUCACGGCCAAAGUGAACGCCCGUAUCAAAACGAAGCCAUCGAAUGAUUUGCUUCUGAAAAACAUGGAGCAGCGUGCACACGGUGGCUCCUACCUUCCUGAGUUGGAGGAAUACUUCGCUGCUGUAAACGAAAUUUCAGAUGAGGUGUUCCGCAAAAAAAUCCUACGUUGGCGGGCAUUGGAGUACGAGGGGUCCGACCCGUACCUCUUUUGGACACACCUUUACUUCGCAUUCCGUGUUCAUCCCCAAAAUGCCGAGGAGGUAGGCAAGAUGUGGGACAUGUACGAACCAGCCUACCUAUACAUCUACACCCAGGGCGCACUCGCUUCCCGCAAUCGUGGCCAGAAGUUAAUAAACGAUGCUUUGCGACGUGUAUGUCAGAUUCUUCUUAAAGGGGACAAGGGGCAGAAGGAGGUUCUUCUGCGAGAGUUGACGAACGUUCGGGAGAAGUUGGCACAUCUUAUCGAUCGGCGUGAGUUGGAUCGCACUAUCCGUGCACUUGAAGCCCACCUGGCCGACCCAUCACAUGGAACAUUUACGUAUGGCUCAUCGCUUCUGUAUCGCGAAGCUGUGAGGCAUGAACGUAUCGCAAGGAAUCCAAAUCUCCGAUCAGCCCUUGCUGCGCGAGAUUAUGCUGAGUUACAAAAGCGCCGAGAGUCUCUUCGUGCACACGAGUCAACUCUGAAUCCUCAACAGGCUGCAGCACUCCAAGAGCAGCAAGCCUCUUCCUCUUCUUUACAUGAGGAGCCUCUCGGAACACAGCCAGACCUCUCCACCAAGGAGAUGUUUGAAGGGAGGUGA